GAAGGGAUAAUUUUAAAAUAAAAUUUAUAAAUAAAACGAUACAAAUAUUUAGUUGGACGUGUCAUUUCAUUCUAUUAAAUUUUGUGACCAUAAACCUAUAUAUUUAAUUUAAUUGCAAGUGAAGGAAUAAAAGCCCUUAUAUAAAAGGCCUCACUUCUCACUCUAGAUUUUCUCUCUCUAUCCCCAAUUUCCAAAACCUCUCUCUACUCUCCCUCUCGAUCGACGUUCGCAAUCUAUGUAUAGAAAGACACUGUGUAUAGGAAUAUACGUAUCCCGGCCCUUCUUCACCUCCUCAUAUCGCUAGGGUUUUAAGAUAUUCAGCUGAAAUUCGAAUUCGCAUGUCAAUUUAAACUGCCCGGGACUGAGGGUUUUUGCUAGGUAGGGUUUUCUUCAUCGAUCUGUGCGCCAAUGGAAUCAGUACCUUCGCCAUUGACGUUUGUAACUAGGGAUGGGUCUCCGGCGGCUGCUGACGGAGAGGAUGACGGUGCUCUUUUAGUUGCUGCUGAACUUUCUAAGGAGGCUGCUUUGCUCUUUCAGACUGGAAAGUUCGUCGAAUGUUUGAGAGUUCUGAAUCAAUUGUUGCAGAACAAAGAAGAUGAUCCAAAGGUUCACCAUAAUAUAACCAUUGCGGAGAGCUUUCAAGAUGGAUAUUCAGAUCCGAGAAGGAUUAUUAAAGCUCUUGAACGCAUAAAGGAACAAAAUGAAGAGCUUGCUCGUGCACCUGGAGAACACUUAGCUUUUGACGCGAACAAUGAAAGCAAACAUACAACUAGCAUGAUAGGAAGUGACGCUGCUGCACAUCCUAGCUCAUCUGUUGUUUACAGUGAUGAGUUUGGAACUUCCUUGACAAUGUUCAACAUAGCAGUCAUAUGGUACCAUCUUCAUGAAUACGCAAAAUCAUUCUCCUAUUUGGACAUAUUGUAUCACAACAUUGAACCUAUUGGCGAGGGGACAGCCCUUCGUAUAUGCCUUCUAUUGCUGGAUGUUGCUUUACUUUCUCAUAAUGCAUCAAGAUCUGCUGAUGUAAUAAGCUACAUGGAGAAGGUGUUUUGUGUCAAUCAAGUAGAUAGUGGAACUGCAGCGCAUCAACAAUCUUCAUUAGUUUCAAAAUCUAUAUUGCUUCCCAGCAAUUCAACUAAUCCUGAUUCAUCUCAAACCGAUCAUACUUCGAAUAUGUUGGAAAAUUCCUUAGCUAGAGCCUUAUCAGAUGAAGCACUCGAAGAUGACUCAUUGCACUUGCUUUCUUCUCCUGACAUCAGUGGACGUAACUUUCAAAGAACCGGUAUUGCCAGGAUCCAAUCAGAGGAGUCCAUGUCAGCAUCCGAUUUGAGGCUUAAGUUGCAUUUUUACAAGGUUCGGCUUUUCAUCCUCACUAGGAACCUUAAAGCAGCCAAACGUGAAGCUAAGAUGGCUAUGAACAUAGCUCGUGGAACAGAUUACCCCUUGGCUCUUUAUCUCAAGUCACAGCUCGAAUAUGCUCGUUUGAACCAUCGCAAAGCAAUCAAGCUUUUGAAUGCGUCGAAUAACAACAACGAGAUAGGAUUCCCUAGCCUGUACUUCAACAAUCUCGGGUGCAUCUAUUACCAGCUCGGAAAGCAUCAUACGUCAGGUAUAUUCUUCUCCAAAGCCCUAAAGAACAGCUCGCCCCAAGUUGUGCAGAAGGAGAAAAAAUCCCCGAAACUCCUAACUUUGUUACAGGAUAAAUCCCUUAUGAUAACGUAUAAUUGUGGGGUCCACUCAUUGGCAUGUGGCAGACCUUUUCAUGCUGCUCGCUGUUUUCAAUCAGCCAGCCUAAUUUUUCACGACAGACCACUUUUGUGGCUAAGAAUUGCAGAGUGCUGUUUAAUGGCCUUAGAAAAGGGGCUGAUAAUAAACUCCGUUUCCUCUUCGUCUGACCGAUCUGAUAUCACAGUGAACGUUAUUGGAAAGGGAAAAUGGAGACAGCUUGGUUUGAGACAAGGGAGUCCACCUAAUGGUCACAUGUCUGAUGACAAACAGCCUGCUUUGUCAAUGUCCCUUGCCCGACAGUGUCUUGUCAACGCUUUGUAUUUGUUAGACUCUUUGGAGGCAAGUUCUAUAUCAUCCGAGGAAACUGAAUCGAAAGAAAACGGUGAAGUGAAAGAAAAAAGGGGCGGAGACUAUCGAAACUCCGUGCUUGAUUACGAAAAUAUUCGUACAAAGGAAAACCAGGUAAUGAGACAAGCUACACUUGCUGAUUUGGCAUUUGUAGAGCUGGCACUAGGAAAUCCCUCGAAAGCCUUAUCGACAGCAAAGUCUCUAAUGAAACUUCCCGAGUGCGAAAAGAUGUACAGAUUUUUAGGAAUCGUGUAUGCAGCAGAGGCUUUGUGCCUACUAAAUAAGCCCAUGGAAGCUGCAGAGCAUUUGAUGACAUAUGUGUCUGGUGCUAAUAAUAAUGUCGAGCUUCCGUAUAGCCACGAGGACUGUGAAAAGUGGACGGUCGAAAAAGUGGUGCCGGAUAAUGAUGAGUUACAACAAGGUGGGACUGUAGUAACUCGUAAAGAGGAUGAAUUUCGAAGAUCAACGUCUCACAGUCCUGAAGAGGCUCGUGGGAUAAUUUGUGCGAAUUAUGCUGCCAAUUUUGCGUUAAUGGGAGAACUUGAGAAGGCCCAAUACUUUGUGACCAAGGCAUUAUCUGAUAUACCUAAAAGUUCCCAAGCUGUUCUUACUGCAAUUUAUGUAGAUAUAAAGCGUGGCGACACGCAAGAAGCUCUUGCCAAGUUGAAACAGCACAGUGGCGUUAGAUUUCUCCGCAGCGAUUUAACAUUGACCGGCACUUGUUGAAAGUAUGUGUUUUUCGUUUAUUGAGUUGUUCGAGCCCCGUCCUUAUUAUCAGUUUAGCGAGUAGGUUGACCAUCCUUUCGGAAAGGGAUUUGUAGCAUAUAUAUAGCUCAAUUAUUCUGGGAAUAAUUUUUUUUUUUUGGUUAUUUUUUUUCCUUUUUGGUUUUUCUUUUUGAGGUAUGUUUUCGUUUAUUUUAUACAUUUUUUUUUACUUGUAGCUUUUAGCCAUUGGUGGUUUUGCUUAGUUUGGUGGUUACGGGAUAUCACCUCUAGAAUUCGAGAUGUAAUUUUGAUUUCAUAGUGGUGUAUUUUAGAGGUAGGUAUUAUGGUGCCUUGAGUGCUAUAUAGAGAGAGAGGACUUGAGCUAUUGAAAAAGAAAAAUGCAAAAACCAGUAUCAAUUUUCUUUCAGAUGCUGCUGUGCUUU